CGCUGGUGGACAGGAGAGGAGAGAAAAGUCCACAGCGAACUGUAAUGGGUUGAUUAUUUGCUGUUGCUGUCAUCAUUUGGCAACAAUCUGCCCAUUCUCUUUCUGUUUGUGUCUUCUUCCUCUCCAUCUUCUUCCCUCCUGUUACAGAAUCAGUCACACGAAUAACUGAGCGACUCUUUUGACUGUUUUCUCCACAGACUUCCCUCUUGUUGUCUUCCCUCUCCUCAGUGUCUUUCUUCAUUCCCCCCUCUCUUCAUCCUACUAAUCUUGCUUGUUGAUGUCGAAGUGUCAUCCGCUGUUCCCUCUCCAUUGCCUAGCGUAGUUAUCUUGCACCUCUUGUGCCUCUGUUAAAUUCAUGUCACCAUCGUUUUUCCAUUUUUUCCCCCUAUCGCCCCUCUUGUAGGUUAGUGAGUUGACAUUAUAUUGUCUUGAUGAAAGACGGUAUCUCAAGUGACCCACAGUUUCCUGAAGUGAGAAACCUUCCAGCUCGUCUGUAUCCUCUGGAUUUUGGAGGAAGGGCCAGCAAACCCGCCAGCAAGAAAGCUCCGACUUCAUCUACCAACCUUUCUUCUUUCUUGUGCAUGCAGCCCUGCUUAAGGAUCUGCUAUCAGGCACAGAUUUAAGAUGGAAGGUUUUUUUUGUGUGUGUGUGUCGUACCAGGAAUGGACCAGCGAUGUGACUGUAGCCGAGGAAGAAAAUGGAUAUCGAAGAACCAUGGCUUCUCCUUUGGCCCAGGGCUGAGCCGAAUCUAGACGCUCAAACACUGAACACAAUCUCCGUAAAGGAAAACCAGAUGCCAUUUGCAGAAGGCAUAAACAAGCAACGUGACGUUCCUUUUUCUUUUUCCUGUUGAUGCCGUUCUGAGUCGAGAUUGUGUACUCGCUUGGCAGCCGCCGGUUCGCCUUUGCACUCGAAAGCAGAGAAGAUCUGUUAUAGUCGAAAUUGCCAGUACUGGGCUUUUGUGGAUAAACAAAACAUACAACAUAGCCUUAUAUGUAACAUCAUCUAAUGCAGAGCAAGUAGUGUUCGAGGGCGUGGAAAGAGACAGGGAGAGGUUUUCUCAUUGGUAGUAGCUCUGCUGCACUGUGCUGUUUCCUAGGCUGCCACUACUGGCGACUAUCCCCCACCGCUCUCUCUGUUUCUGCUCACUGCACACUCCUCCAUUCCAUCGUACGUGCCCGCUGUGGCUCAGAUAAUGGCCUCUCUCUCUUCAGUGUGUGCAGAGGAGAUGGAGGGAGAGGCUGCGCGAGAGGGAGGGCAAUGAAGGGAGGGAGGGAGGUAGAGAGAGAGAGAGAGAGAGAGAGAAGGGGGAAGGUGGGGGCUGCGAAGAGAAGCCGACUGCAUGUGUAGCUGAGAGAAAGAAAGAGGAUAUUGAAAAAGGGAAGGGAGGAGCAGACAGAGAUAAUGAGAAAGGAAAAAGGAGAGAACAGAAAGCGUCGGCCAUAAGAAGAGGCAAGAGAAUGAGAAACGUGUGUGCUGGGGGGAGGUGUGUUGUGUGUGUGUGGCUGGCUGGGUGUACGUGGGUGAACGCAUGCAUGUGUAUUUCGGCGCUUGCUCUGUCUGUGCGCUGCACGGACUGGAAGGAAUAAAAAGGAAUACAACCCCCCAACAAGGCCGGAUUGCUUGUGGGCUGCUGUGCCGGCAAGCAAGUCUCAUGCUUCUCUCUGUCUCCUCUUCUACUUUAUGCUCUCCGACUGGCAGCCCCAUCUGGACGUUUAGGAGCACACUGUUCGCGAAGUCACUUCAGUGGAUGGCCCCAGAAGUGGAGGCCAGAUGGAAAUUGGGUCACAUGACCGCCUCCAGGAAGGCGCGCUGAGUCUGGAACUGGCCAAUGGGGUGAAUCGCUACCCUAAUGAUGAUGAGACAUCUAUGGAAACAGAGCAACAGAGAACAGGAAGCGUGCCUCCAAGGCAGUGGGUGUCAGGACAUGGCAAGGUCAGUGACACUCAACAACAGCAACCAUGUUGGAACAGCAGCAGUGGCACAAACCCUGGUGAACCUGUUAACCAUGCAGACAUGGAGGAUGCCCACAAUCUAGUGGCUUUUUCUGCUAUUGCUGGCUCCUUGCCUCCUUCUUCCUCCUCUUCCUGUGGUGUGCAGCUGAACACAGCCCAGCUAUAUGAAAAGUUCACCCAGGAGAUGGGUUCUGAAGGGGUUCAGGCCAAACUUUCUGCAGUGGCUCCUGAAGGUAGCUGCCAACCUCCAGAAGACCUGAACACCUUACAGACAGCACUGAGCCAAGCCAAACAUGGACACAAGCCCCCCAACUGCAACUGUGAUGGGCCUGACUGUCCAGACUAUCUUGAGUGGCUGGAGAAGAAGAUCAAAUUGGCAACGAGUGGGGAUCAAGGUUCCUGCAAAAUGGCUGAUGCCCCCCCGCACUUACAGCCUCACCGACAGCAACCCCAUUUGCAGCAUAACCCUCAGCCGUACACCCAGGUGAAUGGUGGCCACCGUCUGUCUAGUUCAUACUCCCAGCAGCAACAGGGAACUCAUCCAGACCAAGUACCCUGCUCCAAACCCCCAAUUCCAUGUUCUCCCCAAGUGCUCUCCAUAGCCAAGGAAAAGAACGUCAGUCUUCAGACAGCCAUUGCCAUAGAAGCCCUGACCCAGUUGUCUGGAACUGGUCCACAAGCUGCCGGGUCUCCAGGUCAAGCCCCCUACAACAGUAACCUCCAUCACCACCAACACACCCAGAGCAUCUUAUCUCAGCCUCCUAAUGGCACUAGCUUGAUCCUGUCCACCUCUGGUAACCACUCAUCUUCCUCGCGCUCUCAAUCCGUCCCUCCAGGACUACACACCAGCCAGCAGGCCCCAGUGUCCUGUGAGCACCACAGGCCCCAAUCCCAGGGCCAGCCACCCCAUGCUACCCCGCUCCCAUCCUCUACCUCUCCCUUCCCAGGUCAGGGAAAACAUCCAGGCCUCAGCCCAAAUCCCCAGCAGUGGCAGCAGGGCUCAGGCAGAAGCUCUGAACAGAAGAACCCAUGGAUGUGUAUAAAGUCUGAGCCCCAGUCUCACUAUGCCGCUGCACCUCAGAGUAGCUCAGACCCCAUGUCAGAGCUCAAACAGCUGCUUGGUGACACCAGUGGCAAGUUCAGCACUGGUCCUUUCAAGCUUCCUGUCACACAGCAGCUCAGAUUGAGCCAGAAUGGAGUCCUGGCCCAGGACAACCUAGCAUUGGCCAAGAUAAAACAAGAACCAGACUCUAGUGAGCACUACCAUCACACUGCCUCCAUGGGACAUUAUGGCAUGGCUAAUUGUCAGCAGCAGGGUCAGCACUACCCUGGCACUCCCCUGUCUCCUGGCCAAGCAGCCAUCAGUCACUCCACUCAGGCAGCUCUGCAACAGCACCUUCACUACAAGAGGAACCUCUUCUCUAACCACUCCCCUAGCUUUGGCGCUGCAGGCCCUCAUGCAUCUCUGGCUUGCCAAAACUUGAAAAAAUGGUGGCCACAGAUUGAGGCGCAAGGUUUGUCACAUCUAGCCAUCAAACAGGAACCCAAGGAAUCCAAGAAGAAAAAAAGCAGCCAAGGAUCUCCUGUCAUAAAAGCUAUGAGUGGGAUGCUUACAGCCCCUCCCCUGCCCAAACCCAAACAGAUAAUCAUCAAGAAGACCAAGCAGAAAGCCUCCAUGCCAACCUUCCUGCCUCAGACUCAGAUCUCCAUACAAAAACCACCAGUCCUCAUGAUGGACAGAGCCUUGGCCCUGACCAGCCUGCAACCAGGUUCUCUUCCCUCUCUGCCCCUCCACAGUAACUCCACUCAGGCUGCUGCUGCAGGCCUACCUGCCCCAGCCCAAUCUCAGGUAUCCAUUUCCAAUUCCUCACUGACUCCCUCUUCCAUUGUUUCUGCUUUGCCAGAAAACACUCCAGCCCUCAUAGGUCCUCUGCCCCCACCUGCGGCCUCUGUAGCCUAUGGUAAUUCAGAGGGAACUGGCAGCCUGGCCUCCAGUAACACCAGCACCACCACACCUCUGACCUCCACAUCUCCAUCUAGCACCUCACAAUUACGGAGUCUCGUCAACAUAGACCCAAAGUACGAAGAACUGAUACGCCAGUUUGAGGCUGAAUUUGGUGAGUCUGAUGCACCUGCCAGUCAGCCCAUGGAUGAAAAUGCUACAGCCCCUCAGCCAGGGAAUCGAUCCCAGACCAGUCCUCAGGACCUCAGUCCCACAUCAUUAUCCAAAUCCCAGUCAGCUCCCUUAAAUCCCACCACUCAAGCCAGCUCCACACCUCACUCAAAUGAUCAGGAGAUGGAAGUCAACAAGGAUGAGUCAGGGACCCAAAGUGAAACAACUUUGAACCAGGCAACUACACAAAGCCCUAUGGAAGAUCAGCAUGGGGGGCCCCUCCACAUCUCUCCACCUCAGGAGGCCAUUCUGGACAAGCAGCAGCAGCCCAGUGUAUCAGAGGAAAUGUUCAGCAUGCCAGGUUUUCCACUGCCUAAGCGCAUGAAGCUUGAAUCCUCGGGUGAUGUAGCGGUACUGUCCACCACAUUCUGUUCUGAGGAGGACACGCCUACUAAGGACAGUCUACCACCUUCUCCAUCUCUAAGAGGCUUCCUCGAGUCUCCUCUGCGCUACCUGGACACUCCCACCAAGACCCUGCUGGGUACUCCUUCCAAGGAUCUACAGGCAGAGUUCCCCACUUGCACCUGUGUGGAACAAAUUGUGGAGAAAGAUGAAGGGCCCUACUACAAUCACCUGGGAUCUGGACCUAAUGUAGCCUCUAUACGAAACCUGAUGGAGACGAGGUAUGGAGAGAAAGGGGAAGCCGUCCGAAUUGAGAAGGUGGUGUACACAGGCAGAGAGGGAAAAAGCUCACGAGGAUGUCCUAUUGCUAAAUGGGUGAUUCGUCGUGGCAGCGAGAAAGAGAAGCUGCUAUGUCUCGUGCGUCACCGUGCUGGCCACCACUGUGAGAACGCUGUCAUCAUCAUCCUCAUUUUGGCCUGGGAAGGUGUCCCGAGAGCCAUGGCUGACAUGCUGUACCGUGAGCUCAGCGACAGCCUCACCAAAUUUGGCAACCCCACCAGCCGACGCUGUGGCCUCAAUGACGAUCGUACCUGUGCGUGUCAAGGCAAAGACCCUGAAACUUGUGGUGCUUCCUUCUCCUUUGGCUGCUCCUGGAGUAUGUACUUUAAUGGCUGUAAGUACGCCCGCAGCAAAAUGCCACGCAAGUUCAGACUACAAGGAGAUCACCCUGAAGAGGAGGGAAAACUCAGGGAUAGAUUCCAGCAUCUGGCAACUGAGGUGGCUCCUUUGUACAAGAAAUUGGCCCCACAGGCCUAUAGUAACCAGUGCCAGACGGAGUCGAAAGCUCCAGAAUGCAGGCUUGGCUUGAAGGAAGGCCGUCCAUUCUCUGGAGUCACUGCUUGCAUGGAUUUCUGUGCCCAUGCUCAUAAGGAUCAGCACAACCUUUACAAUGGUUGCACAGUGGUGUGUACUUUAACUAAGGAGGACAACCGUAAGGUGCAGGAGAUCCCUGAGGAUGAGCAGCUCCAUGUGUUGCCACUUUACAAAGUCUCCCUAACUGAUGAGUUUGGCAGUGAGGAGGCCCAGCGCCUCAAGAUGCAGACGGGGGCCAUCCAGGUGCUUCAGGCCUUCCGCCGUGAGGUGCGCAAAUUACCUGAGCCUGCAAAGUCCUGCCGGCAACGUAGACUGGAGGCCAAGAAGGCCUCCUCAGAGAAGAAGAAAAAUAAACUCCUGCAGCAGGCAGGGGAGACGCCAGAGAAAGCUGUGGUCAAGGCUGAGGUCUGCAUCACUGGUUCCCCUCAACUCCAAGGCAAUAAAGCAAUUAUAAAACAAGAGAUGAAGCCCAACAUCAAGAAGGAGCACUUCAAUGGAUCAAGAGAUGGAUACCCUGUGCAGGCAGCAGACCCAUUCAACAACAUAUAUCCACACCCUGCCUACUAUGCAAGGGGAGGCCUUCCCCCAACUGGCCAACCCUCUGCACCAGACCCAGUAAAUGGUUACCAUCACAAUCUUCCCGCAAUGCACUAUGGCUACUACAACUACCCGCCCAAUGCACUUUUCCCUCCUAAGCUGAGGACCUAUGAGGGUCGGAAUGGCUCUUUGCCCAAAGCAGGCAGCAAGGCUGACCAGGUAGACAAGAAGCCUGAUACUCAGAGCCUUCAUGCCAGACUGGCCCAGUCUUACCCUAGCUACCCAGAGCAAGCCAACCAACCAAACCACAGCAGCUACACCCAGCCUGCAGACUACAACCAGUCCCGUCCUUCCUCUGUCUCCUCUGAAUCCUCCAACAGAGGCACCCCAGUCAUCAAAGCAGAGCCUAUGGAUGUGCCAGUCUAUGAAGGCACAAUGUCAAGCCAGGCUGGUGCCAACACACCUAGCACCACCCCCCAGCCUAUGGCCUGGCCAGGGCACAAGCUUAAUGGAAGUAUCGUUCCCAACAACUGGGAUGGCCAUCUGAACCCUAAACAAAGUCCUGAAGCCUCGUUGUUGACUCCAGACAAGCAGCAGUUUCACCAGCAUCCCCAGCAGCGACAACCCUCCCCUUUCCCACAACAGUGGACAUCUUACCCCAGCUCAAAUGCUCUGGCUUCCCCUGCUCCAUCACCGUCACUCCAGGUACCCCCCUCUCCCUCUCCGUCCCCUCACCUAGGCACAGUGCUCCCAGGUAACAUACAUCGAAGCUCCACACACCUCGUCCCACCACGCCCAAGCACCCCUCGCCCAGGUACACCACAGCCUGGUAGCUCUCACUCAGGCUCAGUUACGCCACAGCAAGGCACCCCAGCCCCAGGCACCCCGAGGCACUGGGCCAGCCCUGCUCCUAGUCCCCAGCCAAAUGCUUGGGCCAUGGGGCCUAUGGCAUAUAGCCCUGGUUUGAAGCACAGCAAUCCUGCAGGAGCCUACCCUGAUAAGAUCUGGUCCAAUACUGGAGAAAGCCGGUGUUCCACUCCCCUUGGGCUCCAAGAGAAGGCCUGGAAGUCGUGUGGAGGUUCAAUGGCAGGUACCCCGUCCCCUGCCCCUGAGGGUCGCCUCUUCCCUGAUGCUUUGCAGCAGUCAGAUCAAGCCUGCUGGAACCCUAGCCGAGCUGAGAGUGACAUUGAAAGCACCAAGGGCCGUGAAGAGUAUGAUGAUGAGGUGUGGUCUGACAGUGAGCACAACUUCCUGGAUCCCAACAUUGGUGGUGUUGCGGUAGCACCAGCGCACGGCUCCAUCCUGAUUGAAUGUGCUCGCCGGGAACUACAUGCUACCACUCCGCUCAAAAAGCCUGAUCGGUCCCACCCCACCCGCAUUUCCCUGGUCUUCUACCAGCACAAGAACCUCAACCAGCCCAUGCACGGCCUGGCUCUGUGGGAGGCCAAAAUGAAGCUGCUGGCAGAGCGAGCACUGCAGCGACAGCAGGAAGCGGCUCUCCUUGGCCUCUCCCAGGAAGACAUCAAGGCCCUCGGAAAGAAACGCAAAUGGGGGGCUACGGUGGCAGGUGCCAGUCCAGGACCUGGACAGUGUAAAGACAAGAGGGAGGGGCCAGUGACACGGUUAGCCCCCACGUUCCACACCACCUCUACGGUUACUGUGUCUCCCUAUGCCUUCACCCGCCUCACUGGGCCCUACAGCCACUUUGUCUGAGGUUAGACAGACACAAGAAGACUGAUAGCUACAGAGUGGUGCAGUGGAGGGCUGGAGAGAGCGAUGAGCAGGAUGAAUGUCUCUCAGCCGUCCCGCAGUCUGGCAUCUCUCCAUCCUGCCCCCUCCGUGUCCACUUGGUGGAGGGGACAUUUUUAUUGUUUUUUACCUCAUGUCAGGCAGUGGUUUGGGCUUCAGACACACUGCCUGUGGUGCUCUUCCUCUCUGUUCCCUGGAGAGGAACUCCAUUGCUUUUUCUUGUUUAUAGAAUUUUAAUGAUUCUAAUUAUUGCUAUUAUUAUCAAUAUUAUUAUGAUUGCUAUUGUUACUGUCAAUGUUGUUAUUACAGGUAUUAUUAUAAUGAAGACUUGUUUGUUUUUUAUUAUUGCUGUUUUCAUUAAUGUUAUUAUUAAUGAUGUGAUUGUUUUUGGUUAUAUAUUUUUUUAAAUCAAUCAGUCUGAGUCCAUCAGACUCAGACAAUUGCUUUUUCCAUGUUUGGAAAACGUGUACCCUAUUUUCUGUUUGAUCUUCUUUGUCAAUCUUCCAGCUGUACUUUGAGGAGGAGCCAUCGUCAGCUUGGCAAGACAACAAACUAAUACUACAGUAAUCAUAUGUAUGUAUAGGAAAAAGGCCUUUCCAGGAGGUUUGUCUUAGAUAUCUAUCUCUAUAUUGAUGAUAUACAGAUAUUUAUCUUUAAAAUAUGUAAAGCCAGUUUAGGCAUUCAGGAGAAUAAUUACAAUUAUUCUCAACCUGGACCUAUAUUUCCUAGUUUUAGUAAAGUAAAGUUGUAAACAAAACCAGUCACCAUGAUAGCAGGUUUCCAUGUUCAAAAUAAUUGUAAUUUGACUUUUAAAGCUCAUUGGGGAAAAAAACAUUGUUGCUUCUCUUGUUAGAUGAUGCGCUCCUCCUCUCCUGCACCCCUUCAGCUUUCGACUGGUGCUCAACUUCCAGCUCUGAUUGAUUCUCAUUCUGCUACUCUUCAUGGCACUUGAUGCUGUACUUAGGUGCUCUAUCUCAAAUCUGGCUCAAGUGGCAUUAGCAAGUAAAUAUUCUUGUUUCGACAAAGGUGGAGUAGCAGAAUUUUGGGAUUUAUUGUUUCAAGGCAAAGGUGUAGAAAAUGUGUCAUGCAAAGAAAGGUGUAAAGGAUUAUCUAACAAAUGCUUUCCUCUGCUUGUCAUGUUUACCUAUCCAGAGAACAUAUCUGGUAAUCCACAUAAGCUAAACUAAGUGAAACUACUUGCUAAUGUCAUCUGACCCAGAUCUGCAAUUAACACAUUAAGAUGGAACAGGUGACACACUUAAUCUUCCUAUAACGUUUAAGUUGGGGUGAGCACUUCCCACUGUAAACUCUAGAGGGCAGCAGUGGCUGCCUUUUCAAAGUGGUGUGUACAAACAAACCUACAAGCACUUGAGAUCCAUUCAGAAGCCAGUAGAGCCUUGCCUUAGUUGCUUUAACCAUCCACGGCCAGUAGAGGGGUAUCUCACCCCUUGUUUACUGACUGUGGAUGGGCCUCACCAAAGCAGCACAAGGCAGAGCUGAUUUUUGUCCCAUUGUGGCACAAAUGUGAAUGAAGUCUGGAGAUGCUUUUGGGAAGCCCAUGCUGGGUUAGAGCAGAAGGAAACAGUGUUGGAACAGCAGUGCUUUUGGUGCUCCUACACACACUUGGUGCUCUCCUAUUACACUUGAUUUACUGUGAAGGGCCCACUCCUUCCUCUGCAUGGUGCUGUCAUCUUCGAGCAGAGCUAGGCGUGUCCUUCAGCAGGCACCUUGUCACCACAGAGCCAGCCAAUCAAAGUGGCUGCCCUAUGGUUGCAGCUCUGUCAUUGGGCUCAAGAACUGGUUCCUUUUGAGGAGCUUUUGCAGUUUCUUGCGGCAAAGUGGUUUUGUCUCAAACAAAGUACACUGUAUAGGGCAGAGAAAGCACAGUCACUCAAUGCAUUUUUGGUAACCCUUUCACAGAGAAAACAAUAGUACUGAGAGUCAAUGGGAGACCUUGGAAAAUUACUGUAGCUUCUGGGAGUUGUCGCUAAAUGCAACUGCAUUGAAUCAUUGAAUCUCUCACUUUGUGUGUUUGUGUGUGUGUGUUUGUGUGUGUGCAUGAGUGUGUGAAAGAAGAGCCAAAGAGAGAGACUAUUUGAUAGCUUGAAUAGAGUUCUUUAACUCAUUUUUAUUUUUUCUCCGUCAACCUUGUGACUAGUGGAUUCCUUGAAUUCAAACAGUGACAUGGUUUGCUUGCAACAUCUGCUGAAAAUGACAAUGAGCGACUAAUAGAACUCGAUACAGGCUAACUCCUGGUUGCUGGGUAGUUGUUUGGGUUGAGGCCCUGGUCAUCUGUGAAAGACCCUCUUAUCCUCUCCCUAAGGUCUCCAGCUCUCUACCUCACGCUGUAGAGACACUGGUCACAAUCACAACUUGCUACUGAGGGCAGAGAAUCAUGCAUAUGUCCCUUUGUGUGCUCUAUAUCUCCACACUCAUUUUAACCUGCUUUUUUUUUUACUCUUAUUUAUUACUACAUGGUGAUGAUGAUAAUGAUUGUCUUUGAUGUUAUUGCUUUUUUCAUCUUUUUUUUUAUAUAUAGCUAAUACAAAUUGUACAUAGAGAAGAAAAGAUUUAUAAAAGCACUUUUAAUCUUGAUUUUAAUGACAAAAAGAAAGAGCCGAUUAUUGACAACUUGAAGCUUAGGUUUUUGUUUUGUUUUUCUCAAGAGAGAGAUAAAAAUGUAAAUAUUAAAAUAUUUAGGUAAGAUUAUUUAACUGAUGAGGAUAGUAACUAAACCAUGAAUGACAAGGGGGUAUUUUGAAGUCUCUGACAGCCCUCAACAACAGUCAACAACACUUGGUCCCGAUGUGUUGUGUGUAAAUGUGUGCUUAGUAACACUGCUGUUUUGCUUUCGUAAGUACUGUACCCCUUGUCAGCAUGUAACUGACAGAGACCUGUCAGUUUUGGAAAAAAACAAAUUCAUUAGCCCAAUUAUGUAACAACAAACUACACUUGACUUACUCACUGGCGACAGUCAAAAUAACUGGAGGAUCCCCCAAGUUGCAGUUCUCUGACCAAAACCUCAUAGCCUACAAAAAGCAUGCAUUUUAGAGUUCUAGAGAAGCUUGUCUGCUCCUAUAUAAUGACAUUUUACCGCAGGUGUCAACAACCCAAGAGAAACUCUCAUCACAAAUUAAUGGCAAAUCAGAUGUCAAUUUAAGAUGGAAAAAUACCAAAAUUAUAAUUUUGUGGUACUCAACAAUUUUGAUCUAUUGUCAGUAAGCUAAGGACAAAUCCAUAAAGGUAGCCAUAAACCUGGUGUACUGUUUGUUGUUUAAAGGAAUAGUUUGACAGGAAAUCGGCUCAUUUGCUUUCUUGCCAGGUGUUAGAAGAUAGGUUCGACCAGCCAUAGCAUAAAGACUUGAUACACUGGAAAACAGAUAGCCUGGCUCUGACUAGAGCCGAGAUUAGAGCAAGUCACUGCACUCUGACCUUAACUCAGAGCCAAUCUAGCCGUUUCCCCCCAUUUCCAGUCUUUGUGCUAAUCAAAGCCAAACAGCUUCUUCUCAUCUUACUCUCAACAAGAGAGCGAAUAGAUGGAUUUCCAAAAAAUGUUAAACUAUUCCUUUAAUCACGUGCAGGGCCGCAUCCAGAGGGGCGGGAGGGGGGCGAUGGGUUGUAGGAACAUACUGGGUGUUGCAGAGCCAGUCUGAGGUGAAUCGAUGGGCGAUGUUUUAGCAUAGCCCAGCAAUCUUUGUCAGUUGUGUUAGACUAUCAGGUAAGAGACUGCUCCCUGCUUGUUUAGAUGUAUCUAUCAUUAUUAUCCACUCUAGUUUUCAUAAUAGUAAAUAUGCACCUGGCAUUUAUGACACCCCUGUUUAAUUUGUAACAGUUAAUCAUAUGAUACACACAUCAUGGUCAACAGGUGCAGGGGCUGGGACUGAUACAGCAACAGGCCGAUUUUACUUUUUAACCAUAAUGCAUGGCCCACAUUACACACACACACAGUCACACACAUACACAUACACAUACACAUACACAUACACACAACAAUGGGUGCUGAGAAUACAGUGUACAUGAUAUCUUAAUAACUUUGUAAAAUUCUAAAUGUCUCAAGAGUCUGGUAGAUGGUUCUCAUGAGAGGCGCCACCUCCCAAGCACGUACCGGGAUGGGGGGUCGGUCAGCUGGUGCUAUAAUGCUACACCUUAAAAAUUCACUGUGUUAAAAAAAAAAAUGUAAGGGAUAAAUGAUUACCACAAAUAUUUUUCUGAGCUCUUCGAAUGUCAAGAGAACUAUACUUUUGAUUCAGGCAGUUUCACAGGAUGGGAAGCUGCCCUGGUGCUGACUUUAUGAAAAGUCUUUUGUUACAACGCUACAAAUUUACAUCUCUUUUUGAGGGCAGGGGGGCACUCAAACAGUUGAUCACAUUCUCUAUUAAUAUUCAUUCCAUAUUGUACUUGAACUCAUUAAAACUAGGAUGAGAGAUAGGAUCAUAUUAUAUGAAGACUGUUAUCUGGGUUUCACAUUUGGUACAGCCAAAGUACUAAAGGCUAUUGAAAUUAUCUUUUAAGUAUGUUGUACAUGUUGAUGGUAACUGAAUGCUAAGAUAUUUGAACAAUACAAGAAUAGCAAUUGUGUACUGCCUCCCUCUUCCUCUCCCCAGUCAUGCACUUCCUUUACUCAAUUCCACUCUUUCUCUGAACACUUGUAUUUUUUUUUCUCACACACAUACACACACACACAGACAUAUAUAGAUAUGCAUCACACUGUGUAUGGCCCACUUUUAGAAGUCUAUUGAACACCUUAUUUAAUGAACACUCUCCAAAUUUGGGAUAGAGACUUGGACCCUGGCCCAUACAAAAAAAAUAAAAAUGAACCUACACAACUGGCAGCUACAUUCCUUUUUAGUUUUUCGAGUUUUAGGAUUGUUCUUGGUUCAUUAUUUUCAUGUCAAGGAUGCAGUAUGUAAAAAAAAAAAGUGUUUUUGUUCAGUCUCUCUCUCUUUGUAGCUGUAUGGUGUAUUAUGUGAAUACAUAGUGUAUGUGGUGAAAAUCCCACAAAAUUGUUUUAUGUUGCGCGAUAAAUAAAAACAUUGAAGUGAAAA